CAAACACAGUAACAGUUAGUGAGUACAAAAAGGAAACCAAUGGGAUAAAAUUAAAUUAUAACCACAAGUUUUUUCUAAAAAUAUAGAUUUUGACACUUCACUAUUGCCUAUAAAUAUAUUUACUCACACCCCAUCUUUGUUUUUAACCUCAUCUCUCUCUUUUUCAUUUUUAUAUGCAUUAAGCUCCUUUCAAACUUUCACUUAGAAAAAGAAAAAUAAAAUAUUAACAUCUCCCAAAUAAUAAACACAAAUUUUGGGGAGAAAUAUAUAUAAAGAAAAGUAAAGCAGAGAAGAGAAGAAGAAAACACAAGGAAGGAGAAGAAGGAAGAAGAUAAUUUCAUUGAAGUUAUUUUUUCUGUUUGAUAGUUGGUACUUUUGCCACCAAGGCUGGCGGUUUAUCUAUUGGGUGCAAAGUUACGCAAGGAACAGAAAAGAUACAAAGUGAAAGUUUCAUUAUUAUUUUUGUAAGCAAAUCUUUUGAAGAAAUCAAGCAAAAAUGGUAGAAGGUGGCGUAGUUAAGGUAGAUAAAACAGAAUUUACAGAAUGCUUCAAAAUAGUUGGAAAAACCCCUUACAUUAUGAGGCUUGCUCUUUCUGCUGGUAUUGGAGGACUUCUCUUUGGUUAUGACACAGGAGUUAUAUCUGGUGCUCUUCUUUACAUUAGAGAAGAUUUCAAAGAGGUCGAUCAGAAAACAUGGUUGCAGGAAACCAUUGUAGCGAUGGCAGUGGCAGGUGCAAUUAUAGGAGCUGGAGUUGGCGGUGUUUUGAAUGACAAACUCGGUAGAAAACCAACUAUGAUGCUCGCUGAUGUUCUUUUCCUUAUUGGAUCUUUAGUCAUGGCUGUUUCUCCAGCUCCAUGGAUGAUCAUUAUAGGCAGGGUGGUGGUCGGAUUAGGGGUUGGAAUGGCGUCGAUGACCUCUCCCUUGUACAUAUCGGAAACAUCCCCUGCUAAUAUCCGUGGUGCACUUGGUGCAACCAAUGGUUUGCUUAUAACUGGUGGACAGUUUUUAUCUUACCUUGUCAACAUUGGCUUCACUAAAGUCAGAGGAACAUGGAGAUGGAUGCUUGGAGUAGCUGGUGUUCCAGCGAUUGUUCAACUCAUUCUGAUGUUCACUCUCCCCGAGUCUCCUAGAUGGCUUUACAGAAAUAACAAGAUAUCAGAAGCAGAGGAAAUUCUAGGAAGAAUCUACUCACCGGAGCAAGUGGAAGAAGAAAUGGAGGCACUAAAGACCUCGAUUGAGCACGAGAUGGCAGAGAGGAAGGCAGUUGGUGAGGGCAAUGCAUUAUUUAGGGCGAAGAAGGCGUGGGAGAAUAUAGUGGUGAGAAGAGGACUCAUUGCAGGAAUCACGGUUUUAGUGACCCAACAAUUUGUAGGGAUCAACACCAUAAUGUACUAUAGCCCCACAAUCGUGCAGCUAGCAGGAUUCGCGUCUAACAGCACUGCUUUAGCUUUGUCGUUGGUCACCUCUGGGCUCAAUGCAGUGGGAUCUAUUGUCAGCAUGAUGUUUGUUGAUAGGUAUGGGAGACGGAGACUCAUGCUUAUCUCGAUGGUUGCCAUUAUUAGUUGCUUACUAGUGUUGGCUGGCAUCUUUUACGAGUCUGCUAAGGCUGCCCCUAGGAUUAGCCACCUUGAUUCAAUCCAUUUAGGUGCCAAUAGCACUUGCCCUGUAUAUGCUUCAGCUUCAUCCCCGAUUUCUUGGAGUUGUACGACUUGCCUUAAGGCUUCCAAGGCUUGCGCUUUUUGUGCCAAUGGUGCUAACGAGUUCCAUCCUGGAGCAUGCUUGGCACAAACUGAUUUUUCGAAAAAAUCUUGCAAAGGUGAGCAUAGGACAUAUUUCACUGAAGGGUGUCCUAGCAGGUUUGGUUUCUUGGCAGUGGUGUUUCUUGGGUUAUACAUCAUUACAUACUCACCAGGAAUGGGGACGGUGCCAUGGAUCCUAAACUCGGAAAUAUACCCUUUGAGGUAUCGGGGAAUUUGCAGUGGCAUAGGGGCAGUGACAUUAUGGAGCGCGAACCUAAUAGUUAGUGAGACAUUCUUGACUCUAACGGAUGCCUUAGGAACAGCAGGGACUUUCCUCCUAUAUGCUUGUUUCUCCAUAGUUGGACUAAUUCUCAUAUUCUUUUUGGUGCCGGAGACUAAAGGAAUGCCUAUUGAAGAAAUCGAGAAAAUGUUGGAGAAGGGUUUUCGUCCAAGCAUCUUUGGUUCGAAUAAAGAGAAGAACAAGAGCCCUGCUUAAUAUACAUGAAGAUUUUUCUUUUGAAAGAUAAUAUACAUGAAGGUAAUUGAUCAUGGACAAGCAUCUAAUUCCUUCUCUUAUUUUGUGAAGAUGGAUAUCAUGGGAGGGGGAUGCUUUAGCAGAGAUACCAUGCAUUUGUUGAGGCUGGUUUUUAUUGUCUAAACUCCCUGAAAUGAAGUUAAUUAGGAGAGAUUAUUGCUAGUUUCUCUUCUUCAUGGAAUGUUAAAUUUGGUUAUGAUAGUGCUAAGUAGAGACAUUAAUAUUGCAAAAGCUAAGAGGGGAAUGAGAUUGUACUUGGGUUGAAGUUCAAAUAAUGGGAAUGUUAUCUUGUCCUAAUCUCAUUUGUUAUCUAUUUGCAACACUUGUAAACGGGAAAUAGAGUAGAGUGUUCUAUAAAACCAUGGAGUUGCAAAAUAUAUUAAAUAUAUAAAUAAUAUUCAAAUUUCAUUUGA